AGCAAAUGGCGUAUGACAAAAGUUUCCGUACUAAGUCUUGUUGGGUGUUUUGUGUUGACAUUAAGCUUUGAUAAGUUUCUAUUUUGUUGAAAAUGUCAAAAACAUGACAGAAACUCUGCGUAGACAGUCAACCACUGUCUUGUGGAACGUGCCAGUUUUGCUGGUAGUUCUUAUUAGCCAAGGGUGGUCUGAAGUAUAUCUGGAUGAGUUCACCCCUGUGCUGAACUGUUCUGAGGUCAUACAAAACUGUUUCCCAUGCCAGGCAGGACAGUAUGCAAAUAACACCGUGACAUGUUGUGGAUGCUGCAAUCGACAGCCAGGUUUUUGCUGUGAGGCCUCCUGCUGUAGUAAAUGUGAACCUGGAUACUACCAGAACACAACCGAAGCCUCGAGUUGUACCCCUUGUGAAGAGGGUACUUAUUCUGAAAAUGCUGGUGAGACAACAUGUUAUGACUGUUCACCUGGCUGGUUCAGCAAUCAGACAGGAGCUUCAUCCUGUGAAAAGUGUGAUGCAGGCACCCAUGCCCGAAAGCCCCGCUCCCUGACCUGUGAUGAAUGCUGCCAGGGGAAGUACCAGCCUCAGCAGGGACAACCAGACUGUCUCAGUUGUAAACCUGGAAGCUUUCAAAACCAGACCAGGCAAACCACCUGUGUCAGCUGUGCUAAAGGCACCUUCUGCAAUCUUGAAGGGUGCAGUACUUGUUUUCCUUGUGAAGCCGGUUUCUAUGCUAACAAGACUGGCCUCCUUGAGUGCUAUAGGUGUGACUAUGGGCAUUAUCAGAAUGAUACAGGCCAGCAGACAUGUCAUUUGUGUGAAGAGGGUACAUACUGCAAUAUUUCUGGGUGUGUGAAUUGUUCCAGCUGUCCCAAGGGGAACUACUCUGACUCCAAAGGCAACAAGUUCUGUAAAGCAUGUCAACUUGGCGAGUAUCAAGACAAAGAAGGUCAAACCAAUUGUCUCCCCUGCCCAGCAGGAUUUGAAACCAGAGCUCUUGGAGCCACAAAUUGUACUGGCUGUGAAAAGGGAUAUUUCAAACACAGCAUGUCAAAGGAAAUGUGUCAGCCGUGCUCUCCUGGUCACUUUAGUGAGCACAGAAAUGCCACAAAUUGCUCUGACUGUGCCCCCGGCACCUACAUCAACCAUAGUGGAGGGACAAGCUGUAAUCUGUGUACUGUGGGCAUGUUUUGUGGUGAACCGGCCUGUGAAGUCUGUGAGGUGUGUGCUGCAGGCGAGGAAGCUGUGAAGGAAGGCGCGGAAAACUGUACUUUGUGUGAACCAGGAAAAGCAAAAGCCAUUCCAGGUAGUGACCUGUGUGAGCAGUGUGCGGACGGAUCAUACCAGACGGACUUUGGCGCUAAGAAAUGUAUCCUCUGUCCACCUGGCUACUUCUGUCCAUGUGCAUCUUGUGACCCACAACCAUGCCCCAAGAACACAUUGUGCCCAGGGGGUAACAAGCAACUGACACAUGCAAUCAGCCGUUGUUCAGGAUAGAAGGGGAUAAGUGUGCGGCCUCAGAGGAGCUGCUAGCUAUCAUUGGAGGCUGUGCCACAGUGGUCAUCCUCUUUACGCUGUGUGUAGUAGGACAGUUUUAUAGAAAACGACGAAGGAGGUUAAUGGAUCAGGGAGAGCGGGAAGCCUUGACUCAGUCCACAGCCAGCAGAGGCACUGUCUACACAGGAUUAUAACAGCCAUCCUUUCUGACUCAAGCCUUGACCCAGUCCACAGCCAGCAGAGUCACUCUCUACACAGGAUUAUAACAGCCAUCCUUUCUGACUCAAGCCUUAACUCAGUCCACAGCUAGCAGAGGCACUGUGUAUAUGGUAUUUUAACACAAUCCCUGACUCAAUUCCAGUAAAAAUACUCAUGUAUUUCUAUGCUGUGAUCACUCAUAAUCAUGUAGUAGGUACAUGGUGUAUAAUGAUUUGAACUUCUACAAGUCUAUGUGCAACACUUCAUGGUAUACAAUUUUUUUGGACAUUUUAACUUGAUAUUUCAUCUCACUAUAACCCUUUCAUGGUGCUUUGUUUUUUUUGUAUGGUUUUUGCCUUAUUUAUUCUACCGCAGCAAAUCAGAUUUCUUAACCAGAACAAAGCAGAUUUACAUAAAUAUAUUAUCAUGGAAACAUAUUGAUAGCAUAAUGUACAUAUUCUAUGAACACUUAAUUCCAUGUAGCGGUUCUACUGAGAAAGAGUUGUAAUGUUGUCCAUUGAUUCUGUCAAUGGGAAUAGCAAUACAUACAUAUAGGCCUGUAUAAAUAUGGCCAGAAAGCUGUACUGAGAAUAUAUUUACACCUAUAUGUCUAGUCUUAGGCACUGGAGAUACCCGGUAAUAGAUUAAGUCGACUAGCUUGUUGAUGAAAGACUGAAUUGUGUCACACUGUGUGUGUUGGUGCUAAGAUGUUGAGAUUAUUGGCCAGUCAAGUGCCAAAGCAUCAUUUAUAGGAACAGCAGACAUCACCUGUGAUGUCACACUCUAAUCAAGUCCCGUGUCAACAUACACUACACAAUACUAAUCUGCUGACAGAGAGAGGAUGCAUGUAGUAACAACCACUUGUAGGUGAAUAGCUACUGACCAUGUAAUCCCGAUUUUCCUGUAGGUCUGGUUAAAGACCCAUGCCAUUGGAUUAGAUUGUGUGGCAACUCCUAUACUACAUGUAUGUAAAUGAAAAUAUGUUAAUGCUGACUAUAAUUUGUAUAUUUGUACAUAUAUUUUAUAAGCAACUGUAGGUAGGAUAUUUUUCAAUGUGAGAUUUCUGUGAUAAUUGUGUAAAUAUAAAAUUUGUAAUAAGCUUUUGAUAAUUGGUAGUAAUUUUCCAUAAUGUGAUUUCCUGAUGUGUUUCUUAUGAAGGCAGGCCAAUGAAGGCAGUCAUGAGAGAGAUCGUUGAUGGUUUCGUAUAUAGAUGUAUGUGAUGAAUGGAGGCUGUGUUUGUGUAAAUGUCUGUGAUAGGACCUUUAGUGGGAUAUUGCUGAUCAUGUUCUUGUGACAGGUGUUCUGGUGUUAAUGCCUGCUCACACCUGAUGUGAUGGAUGGAGGCUGUGUUUGUGUAAAUGUCUGUGAUAGGACGUUUAGUGGGAUAUUGCUGAUCAUGUUCUUGUGACAGGUGUUCUGGUGUUAACACAAUGCCUGCUCACACCUGAUGUGAUGGAUGGAGGCUGUGUUUGUGUAAAUGUCUGUGAUAGGACCUUUAGUGGGAUAUUUGCUGAUCAGGUUCUUGUGACAGGUGUUCUGGUGUUAACUCAUUGCCUGCUCACAACUGAUGUAUGAAGUUUUCUGGAGAAUCCUGUCUAGGUGGUCUUACAUAUUCAUGUGGCUUAGCACCUCUUGAUACUUGUAUUACCCCAUAUCCAUGCGGCUUAGCAUCACUUGAUACUUGUAUUGCCCCAUGUCCAUGUGGCUUAGCACCACUUGAUACUUGUAUUACCCCAUGUCUAUGUGACUUAGCACCACUUGAUACUUGUAUUACCCCAUGUCUAUGUGGCUUAGCACCACUUGAUACUUGUAUUACCCCAUGUCUAUGUGGCUUAGCACCACUUGUAUUACCCCAUGUCCAUGUGGCUUAGCACCACUUGAUACUUGUUACCCUAUGUUUUAUACCUCAUGUACAUGUAUGUCAGGGUUAGUGGAUUUUGGGUGGUCCAGUUUGUCAGUGUUGUUCAGACUUGUUCCUCAGAUGCUUGGUUAAAAACAUGGUUAAAAUCGGAAUGCUUUAUUUGUCUGCUUCAGUAUCUCACAGCUUCUUUAGAGACGCCCAGCAGUAUACUGAUCAGAAUGGUUGUAAGCAUGUACUAAGUGUGUGACGUGUUCAUACAUGGACUAAAGCGGUCUCGUCCUAGAUUUACUGCCCUUGAUAAUGAGAUAUAGGGCAGCAGAAUACAAUAUGUUCUUGUACAGUUAUAUACAUAUUUUUUAUUUACAUAUAACAGACAUAUUUUUUAAUACACCAGUUGUAAGGAUAGCUUUAAUCUUCAGUUAAUCAAUGUGGUCUCAUUUCAUAUCAUUACAGGUGUAAAUAUUGCUCCUUGAAAUCUAAAUUGACUGUGCAGAUACUCAGCUGGGGAAAGAUCACCCACUGACCCCAAACAAUUUAUUAUUCAAUUAUACUUUUAUUAUAAAACAAUGUGUAAAGACAAACAAUAAACAGACAUCUGUGACAACACAGUAAAAAUGAAUGUUCAACGAUUGUAGCUUUCUUUACUGUAGCAUACUCUGUAUUCAGAAUCUUCAGAGGAACCAUUCAGAGAAUGUAUACAUGUUUCAUUAAAAUGUAACAAAUGAUAUUUGAUAGAAUAGAACAAAUUUAUAUUACAUGUA